AUGAUGGCACAGGUCAUCGCUGGUUCCGGUGGAGGGAUAUACACCCUCAGUCAAGACGACCGUGAGUGUGAGCGAUGCUUCGCACAAGAUGGCAUGGUGUAUGACUUGAAGGCGAUAGGGAUUCAGAUUGUAGAGUCUGAAUGCUCAGUUGGUCACAGUCAAAUUCUGAACUACUUGAAGAAAGCCGAAGAUGUGCUAGGUAUUGAAUUUCAGUGUGAGCCCGACUCUGAGGUAAGUCUAAUCCCGGACCCCCCGUCGCAUACAACUCAAGAUUCUGCUAAUUGUACUGGCGGCAAUUCCGUUCUCGGCACCAACGACCCCGGCUCUUCCUGCCAGCGUAAUCUCGAGAUCAUCCACAUCGGUGCGGCCUGGCGAGCAGCUCGCUCGGCUGGACGUGAGCUGAAGGAUGUCGUCUUAGCCAUUAGUGACACCGGUGUUGACAUGACUCAUCCUGAUCUGGUCAACCAAUUCUGGAGGAACCCAGCGGACAACUCUAUCGGUUACAACUUCAUAACGAAUACUACUAAUGUUACUGAUGGCGAAGGCCACGGUACUCACUGUGCUGGUAACGCGGCCGCUCAGACUAAUAAUAGCAUCGGCAUUGCAGGAGUGGCGAAUAUUAAUGGGUCGGUGCCUCAUGUGAAACUGAUGAUAUUGAAGUUCCUUAGUGAUACUGGAAGUGGCAGUAUCAGUGACGAGAUGAGGGCCCUCAAUUUCGCAGUUGAGAAUGGGGCUACCGUGUCCUCCCAUUCAUACGGCUCUGUUUCCACAAAUGAAGUAGAGCGAACUGGUUUCAAGAACGCUGCUGCUGCUGGGCAUGUUGCAGUUACUGCUGCCGGUAAUCGAGGAAACAACUUGGACGAUAGUCCAUUUUAUCCAUGCUCCUUCGCGAAAGACUUCACACCUAUGCUCUGCGUCGCUGCCAGUAAAACUGACCCAGUCGGGCACGUCUCUAUGGCUGACUUUUCGAGUGCUGGCUCAGCUACGAAGAUUGUCGCUCCCGGUGUUGAUAUCUACUCGACGAUACCAGGAGGAUCAUAUGACUAUAAGAGUGGUACAUCGAUGUCGACCCCUACAGCUGCCGGUGUCGCGGCUUUGCUGGCUACUUUGGGUCUUAAAGGCCAGGAUAUAACGAACACGAUCAUCAAUUCUAGGACCGCUGGCAUAGACAAUCCGUUCGGUCUAUCUGAUAUAGGAGAAGUGGACGCUCUCAAGGCCGUUCAGCAGGCUCUAAGACAAGUUUCCAGCCGCUACUUUCGUGGUGAAUAAUCCCUCCCUUUAAAGUUAGUAACUUCAAGUUACGAGCUCCGAACAUCAUCGAGCCAACAAAUCUUAUCUUCAUCUUUCAGUGACGUCUUUCGCUUCAUUUUAAGACUUUUCCCUGUCGUUCUAUCUCAUCAUUAAAUCAUUUAACAGAUCGAUAAGUUCCGUUGUUUGAUCCGUUGUUGGAUCUUUCUGCUCGGGUUGAAUGUUUGUUGGAAAUCUAGCCGAUAUUGUCACAAUAUCAUUGUGCAUCGCAGGAAGGUUUUCAGUCUUGACAACAAAUAGGUUACGGAAU